AUAGCGAUCCUCAUAUCAUAUAUAUGUCAUUCCCGUCAUUCUUAAUUUCCCGAUCUAACCUAACACCUAACUUAAAACUUUAUUAUUUAGCUUUUGAAUUUUAAUAAUUUUAAAUAAAUCUCAGAUCUCCAAUUCUGUAAUUUUAAUGUAUACUCCAUAUACUGUAUCUUAGUUUAUUCUGUAUCUCCAUAUAUUAUAUUAAUAUAAUAAACAAAUAUGACAAUUCCGGCAGAAUUCCAAGCUGUUGUUUUAGCAGCUGGAAAAGGUUCACGUAUGUUAGAAUUUACAUCUGGAAAGCCAAAAUGUUUACUUCCAAUAGGAAGUAAACCACUUAUUUGGUAUACACUCAGCAAACUUCAAAAAUCAGGAUUUACUGAGGUCAUUAUGAUUGUUCUUGAACUCCAGAAAACAGAAAUUCAAAGUGCAAUCGAUAUUGAAAUAGAAAAAAAUACUUUAAACAUUAAAAUAGAUUAUGUUUCUGUUUUGGAUGAUAAAGAUGAUUUGGGUACAGCAGACAGUUUGAGACUGAAGGAAAUACAAGAGAAAUUAAAAUCUGAUGUUUUGAUUUUAUCUUGUGAUCUCAUUACAGAUGUAGAUAUAUCAGGCGUUUUAAAUACAUUUAGAAAGUAUAAUGCUUCUGUUACCACAUUAUUUUUUCACGAAACGCGAAAACCGUCGAAAAUUCGGAAAAUCCUUUUUUCCGAGCCUUGA